AGAAACAUUAAAAGCCUAUGGGGGUAAAAAUAAAGUUUUUGUAACCAGCCUGCCACCAAAACCCCACAAAACCUUCACUAAGCAACGCCCUGUCCCUCUUCUCCGCAAAACCCUUGCAGCCCCAUCAACAAAGCUUAAGAUGGCUUGGAAAGGUAUAUGGCAGCUGAAAAAGCUGGUUGUGAGCUACUGUGACUGGGGAGGAAGUAGUAGGGGUAUCAGGUCCUUGGUGCUUAUAGCACCCUUGCUGAUUUUCCUGGCCACUGGCUUUUCUACAAUUAGUAGUUAUCGAUUUAAUUAUGAAUAUGGCAGGGCCUUCAUAGAGUCAAACCUGCCGGCAUAUAAGGAUAGCAAUCCACAACUAGAGGUGAUCACUGAACUUUCUCGCGGUCAGCAUCCAUAUUUGAAGGCUUUUUACAAGAACAAAAAUGAGAGGGUGGUAUGUGUGAAGAAUUUGACAUCAGAAGACGUACAUCUUCAUGCUACCAGGCUAAGGAAUGCGUUGGGAAGAAAAGUGAAAAAACUGCCGACAAGGCAUGUGACCAAACACCCUAGCGUACAGGGUACAUGGACGACUGAUGUUAGAUUUUGAAGCACGAAAACAUUCUAUAUUACAACUUCUCGUGGCUUUAGCUUCAUGAAGAUAUUGUGAUAACAUGCUGGCACCGGGAUCAAGUGAAAGUCAUCUGUAAUGUAUUUUCUUGGGUUAGCUUGAACUUCCGGUCAUAUUUUAGACGUUCCAAAACUUUGGCCCUAGACUUGGUCCCAGUUUGUUUUGUUCUAAAAGACACGACAUUUGCAUAUCUAUCCCAUUCGAUAAAAUUCAGUUAUCCUCUUAUUUACCAGCUUUGUGUAUUGUCACGACUUACCAGCCUAGUGUAUUGUCACGACUAAUAGGAUUUAUUGGGAUUCUGAUGUGAAUUCAAAGGUUAUUUGACCAAACUGGGAUUCUUAUC